AUGAACAAAAAUUUAAAAUUAACUACGGAAUUACGGGAAAUACUAGUUGGUAAAUUGUUGGUUUUAUCUCCACCCCGAAUAAUCACUAAACGAAAUAGUCAAAAUUUUGGUUUCCAAACUGUUGGUAAUGGCAAAUUAAGAUUUUAUGGACAACAAUUCUAUAAAAAGGGCAAAAAGAUUAUUCCUAAAAUAAUCGAAAAAUUAAUUACUGCCCGAGUUAUUUUUAACACCCAAGGAUUUUCCCUGCCCGAAGUAAAAUUUUUAUGUAAUGUUCUGCAAAAAAAAUUUGUUCUAGGUUGGCAAAUCUACGUUUCUGGAAAAAGUUAUUUUCGGUUAAGAGAAUUAAUUUAUCCUUUUCUGCUUCCGGAAAUGCUUUACAAAUUUCCCCCAGAACGAAAAAUUAGAAAAUUAACACAAUUGCCUAAAAAAAAUCCUACGGUGAGCGUAAAGGCAAAAGGAUGCUUAACUGUGAGACUAACAAGUCGAACAGAUGCGAAAGCAGGACUUAGUGAUCCGGCGGUUCUUAGUGAUCACAUCGACGGAAGUGUUUGGCACCUCGAUGUCGACUCAUCGCAUCCUGGUGGUGAAGAAGCUACCAAGGUUUAUGGAGCGAUCCGGAAACGUCCUGAUGGAAUUUCGGAGUAUGCCAUUGUAGGAAAUCAAAUAGUUAAGAUUAUUUUGGAAAAUUUACAAGGACACUUACAAUUGAAAAGAAAGCAGGCUAAAUUGGUUUUAGAUAUUAUUAAUAAUCUGUCAAAAUUACAAAAUCCGCCGACUUUUAUAAAGUUGUGCGGAUUGGUUGAUAAGAUGGUAUUUCUCAAUGAUUCGAAAAAAAGAACCAUAACUGCUUUGGUAGUGAGAAAUGAAUUAGAAAAACAUAAUUUAUUCCCCGUAGAGACUGAGGGAAUAAAAACCCGAGAUAUUUUUUCUGAGUUGGUUAGUAAGAUUAUUCCAAAAACUACCCAGAAAUUUUUUGACACUAUUGCUGAAGAUGAACUAGAAAAGUUAAAGCAAGCCAAAACCAGAACCAGCACUGCCAUUAAUCAACGAGAUAAUUUAAUAUUAGAGUUUUUGCUUUAUACCGGAGUAAGGGUAGGUGAAUUAAUUAACAUUCGACAUUGCGAUUAUCAAAAUGGUAAUUUGAAAAUCUGUGGUAAAGGAAAUAAAAUCAGACAUAUUCCUCUUCCUCCCUUUUUAGCCAAACAUUUCAACGGCAAUUCUGAUUAUUUGUUUAAAAAUUAUCGGGGUGAAAAAAUGAGUGACAAUCGAGUUCGGGAAAUUUGUUAUUUGAGAACUAAAAAAGCCGGUCUCAACAAGCAAAUCAGUCCUCACACUUUUCGGAGGUCGUUUGCUACUCUUUCUAAUAAAAUAGGAAUACGUUUAACAACUAUUCAAAAAAUUUUAGGGCAUAGUGAUAUUCAAACUACUUCUUCCUAUAUCCAUAACUCCUACGAGGAAAUCUAUCAAGAUUAUAGCAAAUUAUGGAAUUCUUCCCCCCCCCCCCCCCCAAUGACAGUUUCUUUAAAAAAUAAACGAUAA